AUCCCAUGAUGCGCUGCGGCCGCGAACCCCAGCCGUCAGUGGCGGCCGCCAUGUUGUGUUAGUUUGUUGUUCUCUUGCGGCUGGUGGUGCAGAGCAGGCGGCGGGAGGGCGGAGUACCCUCGCCCCCUGCAGCCGGGCGCCGAGCGGGGCCUGCGUCCGAGGCCUUCCCCCCACUCCGAGCCCUCAUUGCAACUGCGGGAGGCACCGCCAGGAGCGGCCGCCGCCCGCGCAGGAGGAGGCGCCAUGGCUGCUGCCUUGGGAGGAGCAGAUGAUGACUUUGAUCAGUUUGAUAAGCCUGGUGCAGAAAGGUCUUGGAGAAGAAGAACUGGAGACGAUGACUGGGACAGUACAAUUUUUAUCCACUCUAAGGACAUGUCUAGGCUACAAACUUUUGCUGCCGCAAGUUACGUCGGCAUAAAGCUGCUAAAUGAACUUGAAGAUGAUUUGCUUGGAGAGGAUUUGCUUACUGGUAAAAAGAAUCAGUCAGACUUGUCAGAUGAAGAACUGAAUGAUGAUCUUCUACAGAGUGACAAUGAAGAUGAACAAAAUUUCAGUUCUCAAGGUGUCACAGUUAGUCUUAAUGCUACAUCUGGCAUGGUUACAUCAUAUGACUACUCUGAGAACGCUAAUGAUCAUUCGAUAGAACAUGAGUCGGAAUAUGACCAAGGGGAGGACGAAAUAGCUUAUGACAAAUCGGAUGAACCUGAAGUAUACUCUCAAGAGUACACAGGGGAAGGACAGUAUGAAGGCAAUGAUGCUGAGCUGACAGAAGACCAAAUAGAAUAUGUGGAAGAACAGGGAGAGGAAGAAAUUUACAAUGAUGAAGUGCUAGACCUUGAAAUCAAUGAACCUCUAGAUGAAUUUCCAGAUGAAGAUUAUAUACAGUCAUAUAAUGAACAACAAGGGAUGGAAGAACAGGAAGAAUAUGUAGCUGAAGAGGAAUUGGAGGAGGUUGCUGAUUCCCAAACACCUACAAAUGAAUCAGAAGAGGCAGCUAUUGAAACUCUGGAACUUCAGGAGGAAACAAAAGAAGAAUCUGAUGAAGAGGAGGAGGAGGAUGAAGAAUCUGGCCGACUACGUUUCAAAACUGAACGAAAAGAAGGAACCAUCAUUAGGCUCUCAGACAUAACGAGAGAGAGGAGAAACAUUCCAGAAACUUUGGAACUCUCAGCAGAAGCCAAAGCAGCGUUAUUUGAAUUUGAAGAAAGGGAAAGACAGCUUAAACAGGGACGCUACGGCUCAAGGAGAGGAGGGAGGAGAGGAGGUUCCAUAAUGUGUCAUGGAAUGGGAGAACAAAGAAGAGACAACAAUGAAAGGGGAAGAAUGAAGGAUCACAGGCCUGCACUGCUGCCAACGCAGCCACCAACAGCGGGUCAUUCACAGAGGUUAAUUCCUCCUCACCAGCAGCAGCCUAUUAGGAGUCUGUUCCAGCAGCAACAGCUACAAACGCUGCUUCCUAUGCAGCAUCAACACCAUUCAUCUCCUCCUCCAGGACUACAUAUGCCACCCCAGAUAGAAACACCUGGAAUAAUGAUGACUCCACCUCCAGUGACACCCCAACAACCGAAGAACAUACAUAUAAACCCACAUUUCAAAGGGACAGUAGUGACGCCUGUGCAAGUGCCCUUGUUGCCAGUCCCAACCCAGCCAAGACCUGCUGUAGGACCCCAGAGAUUUCCUGGCCCUCCAGAUUUUCAGCAGCACCCUCCUGGACCAGUUCCUACCAACUUCACCCAAGCCCCAAGAAUCCCUCUACAGGACCAGUGGAGAGGCCCACCUCCACCACCUAUGCCUCCUCCUCCUCCGCCUCCUCCUCCUCCCCAGGAAAGAGACCCUUUCUUCAUGGGAGAUCCAAGAUUCCCAAGUCAUCAUAUGUUUGAGCAACGGAGUCCCCCACCUCCACCCCCUCCCCCACUCCUUAACAGUACCCAUCCUGUCCCUAACCAGAAUCCUCUGCCUUUCAAUCAACCUGGACCAGGAUAUAAUCAGCAAGGGCAGCAACCAGUAUUUCCCAGAGACAGACCAGUAAGACCAAACAUCCAGCCUCAGAAUCCUGCCGGAAUUCUUCACUUCAGCCAACCAGGUUCAGCAAAUCCACGGCCUUUCAUGCAACCCAGACAACAAUUCUUACAAAACCCAGGACAGCCAUUUCUAGCAACACAUACACAGCCCAAUAUGCAGGGUCCCUUGCACCCUCCUCUACCGCCUCAGCCUCACCAUCAGCAACAACAACACCAGCACCACCAGCAGCAGCACCAACAACAGCAGCAGCACCAGCAGCAUCAUCAGCAUCAACAUCAACAUCAGCAUCACCAUCAUCUUGCUGGUCCACCACAGCCUUUGAUUCCCAUUACCCAGCCACAGUUCAGACCUCAUUUGCAGACUUCACAGCAACAGGCAAAUAACAAUAGAAUGCAAUGUCAACAGCGGCAGGGUCCAAUGAAUCCAAGACAUAGUACACCAACACAGAACAUGGUCAAGCGUCCGAAUCAGCAGCUACAGUCAACUGCUUCAAGAAAUAGCAACUUGCGUGAAUUACCAAUAGCACCUUCGCAUGCUAUUGAGAUUAGUAACAACCGGCGAACCGCUGCACCUGCUGCGCAGGUGAAACCCAUUACCAGCACAACACCUGCUACAAGAUCUGUAGUAGGUGUUGGGAGCCCACAUGGAAGGACUGAAAUGAAAGCUAGAGCAGUCGUGCCAGUGGUCCAAACUAAAGUAGAAGUAAAAUCUGAACCAGAGUUUCCCGAUGAAGAUGAAGAAACCAGAUUAUACCGUUUGAAGAUAGAAGAACAGAAACGCCUAAGAGAAGAAAUUCUGAAACAGAAGGAGCUGAGACGGCAGCAGCAGGCAGGUGCUAGAAAGAGAGAGUUACUUGAAAGACUUGCACAACAGCAGCAACAGCCUCCUACUCAACAAUCUUUCACACAGCAGGAAGAGGAAUCAUCAGAGUUUCCCACCAAUGGAAACCCAUUUAUAGUCCAUCCUGGUGCACAGGCCAGGCAAAAUGUGAAAAAUAGACUUCUUGUUAAAAAGCAAGACAUGGUGGUUGCAAAUAUUCAGCCCAGACCCACAGAUUUCAUGCAAGAUGGGGCUAAUGUGCAUUUUCAAGGACAGCAAGUGAAAACAGUGAAGCCUUUGAGACAGACUAGAACAGUACCACAAAGUCAGCUUCAGCCAUCGCCAAAAGUAUUACAAACAAAACCUGCUGCAACUACAGCAUCGUUCACCCCAGGACAGACUGCUAGGGUGGCAUCGAUACAAGGAAGGCCUCAGGAACUGAAACCUGGUGUGAAAAGGACUGUCAUGCAACGGGCAAACAGUGGUAGUGGAGAUGGGCCCCAUGUCGGCACCAAAGUGAGGGUGAUUAAGUUGUCAGGAGGGCAGGAGGGGGAGAAUGUUGGCUUUGUGCAGCCAGAGGGCCAGCCCCAACGCCUCCAACAACCUCCAGAACUGAGACAGCAGCCAGUGCGGAAGGUCACAUUGACAAAGGGACCACUCCAGCAGCAGCAGCAACAGCAGCAGCAGGCUCAGAUACAUUCAGCAGUUCCACAAGGAGUCAAAAACAUCCAAGGGAUUCAUCCAGCUAAAAAGGUCAUUAUGCAUGGGAGAGGCAGAGGAGUAGCAGGCCAGAUGGGCCGAGGACGCUUGAUGCCAAAUAAACAGAACCUGCGAGUGGUGGAGUGCAAACCUCAGCCCUGUGUUGUGUCAGUUGAAGGGCUUUCUUCAUCAACUACUGAUGUCCAACUGAAAAACCUGCUGAUGUCAGUAGGACCCAUUCAGAGUUUACAGAUGCUUCCUCAGCAACGGAAAGCCAUAGCGAAAUUUAAGGAACCAGCACAUGCAUUAGCAUUUCAACAGAAAUUCCACAGGCAUAUGAUAGAUCUAUCCCACAUUAACGUGGCUUUGAUAGUUGAGUGAGCAUAGCUGAUAACGCUAAUAGAAGCAUACUGUGGAGCUACAUAGGGAGAAGAUACGAAGGCGAAACCAUCAGGAUCUGAAGUCUUUUCAGUUUACAGUCUUUCUUUAACUGCUCUGUAGAACUACAGAAAGUAACAAGAUUUCCUCAAGAUAAGCUGAACUUAAGAGGAUCUAGCAAAGUGGAGUUUUGUGUUCAAUUUCUUCACAUUCGGUUGUAACCCCAUGGAACUACAGAUUUUUUUUCAAAGUGCUUACAAUGCAUGUAGACAUUGUUCUUCAAGAUCGUACUGUGUGAUCACAGUGACUUGAGUUGAGAAAAAGAACACUUACAUUGAAAAAUUUUAAAAAGUUUCUUCAUAGCAAAGAAUAUUUGAUAAUGGUUGCUCUUAUCUUCAGUGCAGGGUAUUUAAAUGAGAACUCACUUCUCUAAACAAAACACAUGUAUGUUGUUCCUCUGAGAAGAUAGAAGGUGCAUUCUUAUAUAGAUUAAGACGUGGCCUACUUGAUUGAUGAUGAUAUUCUGAAAGGCUUUGGAGGUGACACUGGAAGGCUGUAGUUUCUGUUUUUGUAAAUAUGUUAGAUCGGUUUUUGCAUCUUCUAGUCUGACACGUUCCCUCUUUACUCCCUCCCCCCUCGCUUUGUGAAAUGAAAACACGCUGUAGGAAUAACAUUGCUACAUUUUCCCCCAUAGUUUAAAACGAAGGAUCUCGAUCUUCACUUUUCAGUAGCAUAAUGGGGUAGUUUACUCCAAGUAGUAAUUUAUUACAGUUUAGAUUGUUUUUUAAAUGGGAUUGCAAGAUACGAGGAAAAAGUGAAAUACUUAAGCUCAUUUUAAAAAUAGGGUGACACAGAGAAAGUGUUACAUUCCCAAUAGCAUUUUUGUGCCACUAUUGUAGAGUAUGCUUCCUCUUAAUCUUUGUCAAUUAGUAUUUUUCCUUGAAAUUUAGUUUGUGACUAAUGCUAAACCAUUUAAAAAAAAACAUCAUAGUAAAGGCAUUAGAAUUGAGACAUGGUGUUCCCCACAAAGAUGGGAUUAUGAGGAUGUUGUUACGCUGCGGGUGAAAUUGGCAGUUCUAAAAAUUAUGUACAAAUAUUAAAGGAGAUUGCAUUUUAUAGUUGGUAAAAUCCAUUAUACUUCCUUUGGGUUAGAACCAUCUGGAUGGCAUUUCCAAAGGAACACAUUUUCAGUUACUUUUGGACAAAUUUAGCAAAAUGCCAUUGUUUACAUCCAAUUGCAGGUUUUAUGAAACAUUUUCUUAGUUUUUAUUUGGUGGGGUUUUCCUUCAUUCUUUAUUUUUAGGAUAUACUUUUGAGUGCUGACCUACUUUUUGAAGUGGGCACCUACGGAAACUUCAUAGUCUUUGAGGAUACUCAAGUAACAGAAACAGAAAAAACACUAACAUGAUGUAGUGAAUCUGCAGGAGCUUGUGAAUGGGGUCUAAACAAGUGCCAGAAUAUGGAAGAAUGACAGUUUGAAGCAAAUUCGUUGCAGUAAACCUUAGCUUGUAUGUAAGAUUUAGUGGUGACAGAGUUCACAUAGGCUUUCUAAUCGGCUUUCUCACAGCAGAGUUUUUUGUACUGAUUUCCAAUAAAGUAGAAGUUACUAAAAAUUAAAUAAAUAGUGUCUAAAGUCUCCUGGGUAAAACUGCUUUCUUUUUCCACUGAAAUAAUAGGAGAAUAAUGUAGUGCAUUAACAUUAUUACAAUGGGAAAAUGAAAAUGUUUAAGGAAUAGUGGUUUCUAAAGCCAUUUGCAUUUUAGCAAAGCGUGUAUCUUAGCAGAUCACAGUAAGAUCAUUAGAAUAUUCACAUAUGAAAGUGGGUUUUCUCACAUUUCCAUAUCUCUAAAUCCUAACAUUUGGCACAGUGCAGCACAGUUGAUGUUCUCUGCUCAGGACAGAUCCAAGACUGGGAGUAGCAGAUGUGUCACAGGUAGAAAUUAGUUAGUGGGGCUGUAUGUGAAGGCUAGCAUGACACCUGACUUCCAUGGUGGUUGGUUCUCACUAGUACUCUUCCCUCCUCACGUCCACCAUUACUAAACCCCACAAAUAUUGUAUUUUUUAUUGUUAAAAAGGAAUUUUACAUCUUAGAUGGGCCAUUAAAGGUGGUGAUAUACCCACUGUUAAGGAACAGCUUCUCUGUGAGGGGAAGAUUGGAAAAACAUCCAGAAAAUAAAUGGAUCCGAGUGUCUGCCCAUGGAAGUAUGGGCCAGAUGUGACUACAAAUAGCUCAGUAGGGGUAGUCCAGCAGUGCCCAUGGAAGUAUGGGCCGGAUGUGACUACAAAUAGCUCAGUAGGGGGAGUCCAGCAGUGGGCAAGUCUGCAGCUGAUCAGCUGUUCUUGUAGAAGCAGAUGAUGAUGUUGGAAUAUGAGCUUUUUUGAGGCCUAAAGAAUAGGGGCCCUAUCCAAAACCUGAAGAAGUCAGUAGAAAGUCUCAUACUGAUUUCAGUGGGUUUUGAAUCAGUCCCUAGGAGAGCAACAUUUUGCAACUACAGGAUUAAGAAUUUUUAGUCAGGGUUUUUUAAACUUUUCCCCACAUAACCAUCCUGUGGCAUUGAAAACAAAGAUAUGAGCAAUGUAUCCUUAAACUUUCCAAAUAGAUUGGAGUGAUGUAAGCAUUGUUUAAUAAUUGUAUACAUCCCUCUUUAUAGACUUUUACUUUCGAUUACUGCUUGUGCAUAGAUAGAGUGCAGACAUAUUCAAUAGUGACUAUAGCUGCUUAUCACAGUAGCUGGGUAUCAUAUGGGAACUGUGAGUAUGUUCUGUAUGUAUGUAUGUCUAUAUGGAUACGAUUAUGUACAUACAUACGUCCUGUAUAUUACAACUCUUUUUAACAGGAUGAUCUUCAAAAAAGUACAGUAGUAACAACAACCAUUAGGUUUAGGCAUGCAUUAAAAAUGUUUCAGUAAAACAUAUCUUCAGUAAUAAACUCCUAACUUAAAACUGGAUUUACUGGCAAUGACCGAUUUGAACCAUAGCAUCACAGUUUGGUUCCAUUUGUUGUGGCUCCUCCCACAAAAGCAAAGGAAGUAGAGGUAAAAUUAGAAAACUGUUAUUUCCAUGUUCUCUUACAGCACUUCGUUAAAUCUGGCCAUCUUAAGUUAAUUUUCUUGGAAGAUCUGUUGCAACCAUUAUCUUGUUCUUUCUUUAUCAUGCAUUUAAAAUAAGAUGCAGAAUGCAAAAAUUGCAUUUAAUAUACAAUGUAAAUAUGGAACUUUUAAAAUUAAAAGAUGUUACUCAGAGUGCUUACAAUUCAACCACAUCUUAGCUACUUGUUAGUUUUUUUGUGUUGUCUUAUCUAAGUUUAAUGGACAUAGUUCCAUAAAUGUUGAUGUGUGUUUGUGUAUCUCUUCAAUUUUUUAUAAAGAUGCUAGUAAGUCAAUACAUAUAUCCUGAUCUGUGUAUUAUUUGUUCACAAGUUUCAGAGAAACUUAAAUUUAGUAAUGCUAUUUUAAAAGGUAAAUAUCGUAGGUGAUUAUGUGGAGCCAAAUAUAUAUUUUUUUCUUUUUCAGUUAUCUUGUUUUGGUCUUGUGGCACUUCUAAGUUCAUUUUACUCUAUCAUCACAUCUUGGCUACUAGAUUGAUCUGGCCAUAUUAUGUGUGAAAUUAUAGAAGAAUGGUCUUAAUUUCUUUAAGAGGCCUUUGUCCUUAAAGGUUAAACGGAUUAUACAUUACACUAGAUCUUCACAUUCUCAUGUCGGACCAAGGUUUGGGUUUCUGGAAGGGUUCUUUAUGUUGUAUAAGUACAAAGAGGUCGGUCUAAAGAUAUUGUUCUCAAAGAUUGGGAGCUUGGGGUUAUUUUAGUUUUUGUUGUUCAACACGUAAUUCAAGUUGGUCAUGUUAACAUUUUAUUCUUUUCACAAUCUCCGAGAGCAGGGUGGCACGUUGUGUAUGAUGAAAAGAAACCAUUAAACAGAAUUGAGGAGCUUGGUUAAAAUCCUAUCGAUAGGGAGAGGCAGAAGUGCAGACCUAUAGAAUCUUCAUAAAUACAGGAAUUGCUACAAAAUGUUUUAUAAAUUAUAGUGACCGAUUUUUUUAAUUUAGCAGGCUGAUGUGGGCCAAGAAUGACUGAUUCAUCUCCAAUGUAACUGGACAAAAGAUUAUGAUGAUAUUUAUAAAUAUUGAAGUCAAAUCUACAGAAUAUAAGACAAAAAUACAUCUUCAGACGAAUAGGUUUAAUUUCCACUUGGGGAUUGGUUCUGAAAACUCACUUUUAAUUUUCACAGCCCUGCUUAAGGCCCUUUUAGUAAGUAAACUACUAGAUCUUCAUUGGGCAUCUUAAUUCCUUUCAUAGUUGGAUUCCAUUGCAAAGAUUUAGUCUGAAGAACUUUUACAAAAGUGUAGGUAUUCUCAGCAUGCCUGUGUAUUACUACAUUUAUUACCUUACACGUAUAAUAAAUACAUUAUAGCAACUAAUUUUGACUACUUUGGGGAAUAAAUAAGAGCAUUUUAUUUGGUCCUGAAUUUUUUUUUUGAAUGUUUAUACCAUAAAGUAUCUUCAAUCUGGUCAGUUUUAAAAGUUUUGCCCCUUCUAAGACGAUGCUGUGGGCACUUCCUAGAAUUAGCAGAAGUAGCUGUGGGUGUUGCCUUUAUCCAUAGUUUGACUUUUCUGGAUAUGUCCUAGAUUUGUGCUCCACUAUACUCCUAUAGAUGUUGUAUUGUCCUCCCCAUUAGCACUGCAAUAUUCUAUGUAUGUUUCUACCCCAAGGAUAUGCUUCUGGCUUCACAUACUCACUGUUAGACAGGAUUUUUAGUUUUGGUCCUCUAGGUGUAACUUUUUUCUUUUUAGCAAUUUUUGGUACUUUGAUUUUUCUAGCAGCAGUGUUGGAUGAAAAAUAAAAGUGGGGGAAAGAGGCACUAGACAGAUAAAGAAAGUCCACUAGAUUAUGAGAGGAAUAAAUCAUUAGGGUAAUUUAAGGCUCUUGUUUCAAUGUUACCUUUAAACUGGCUUUAAUUCUGAAAUGUUACUUAACACCAUUCUUUAAAUAUGAAUCAAUUCAACAGUUUUAAUACUAGAAGUAUUUUAUCUUAAGUUAGUAUUAAAUCCUAAGGAUUUUAUGUAAGGUUUUUUGUAACCUAGUUAAUUUUAUCAUAAAAAUUGCCUACAUUUUAACUUCUUAUCCACAUGAGCGCAAGGUCUUGUGUACAAAAACACUGAUUCAUAUUGGAUCCUCACGUAUACCAUCUUCUGGUAUAAUAUGGUUGGGAAGGAUCAUUUGUUUUAUUCUUUAGCACUACCUUUUGCAGGGUUGUUGUUUUUUUUUUAAAUCUUCAGUUUCCAUUUCUGUGCUUAUUUUGGUGGGAAGUACAUUGUCUUUUGCACUGUGUAAAACUUAAUGGGAAGGCUAAUUUCACUGGGUCUGUAAGCACUUGCAUUGCUUUCUCACUUCUCAAGUUGGACACUUUAUUUUUCUAACUCUAAAUGGAAAGGGGUCAUUGUACCUAUUUAAUCAUUUCUCAACAGGUUUACAUCAAGGAUUUUUAAUUUAACAGCAUCCCAGUUAAUUGAGCUUACACUAUUUAAAAAUUUAUUACAGAUUAAAUGUAGGGCUUUUAAAAAAACAGCCCCAUGUACAGUUACAUAAAAUAUAUUAUGGCUGAAAUAGUAUCUGUGAUUAUAUGGAAAAUCACUGUUAAAUGAAGGAUUUUACUGCUAUUUUUACCUUUUUUUAAAAAAUGCAUUUCAUAGUUCAGGCUUUUCAUUGUGCAUAGUAAUUUUUCUAGUGUCUGACAGGUUUACUUUGCAUAAACAGAAAUAAAACUACUUCUUUUCAAUAAUGAAAAUUUUUUGCAGGACUACUUUGCAGGAGAUGGGAGCUUUUCAGUAAUUUUAACUUUCAAAUUAAUACACAUUUUCAUUUACAGAUUCAGCAAAGACAAGACUAAUGAAUUUAUUUACAGUUGAUCAUCUGUCUCUAAUGGACCAUAUAAUUCAUACUCUUAAGAAGAUACACCAUUAAAACAAGUCAUAACACUUUAUUUUUUUACAAAGUUAUCCCUAGUCACCUUGGUUCUCCUCACCCUUUCUCUGUCCCCUUCCUAUUUCCCCUCACUCCUAGUUCACCUGCAAGAAUGUUAAUUCUUUACUGCUGUCUUUUCCUUGAUGUUCUUCUCAUCUCUGUCCAAAACUUUCUCUUUCUGCCUGUCUGACAGUUGUAGUACCCAUCUCUCAGAAUCAUUCUCUGCUCCGGUUCCCUACUACAAUGUUUUGGUCGCCUGUAUUGAAAGUAAAUUAUACUGCUGCGUCUUUCCUACAGAUGUUAGUUGUAAAUGUUUGAACAUAAACAGCUGCCACCCAAAGGAGAGGUCAUUUUUUAGAGGUUUCACACUUUAGGAUGUGUUGAACAUUCCAAAGAUGGGGAGAAAAUAUUACUUAACCAUUUUGUUUCACAGCUCUUUUCCACUUAGGGGAGUGACAGCCAUUUCCAGAUAUGCUCUAGCUUCUGUGGCAUACCAGGAGAUUUAAGACUAAUUACUAACUUUUUUCCUACCCUUUACUUUUGCAGGAGUUCUAUUCUUGAAUUCAGUGAUAGUAAUAGUACUUUAUCAUUGCCACUUAGAAGUAAUGAGCACCUGUCAACACAAUUCUACCUCUAUUACUAUUACUGAAUGUGAUCCUUCCUAACCUAUAAACUCUUAAGUGCUGGAUAUUGGGUAUAUUGAAACUCUAAUUUAAAAUGUACUGUUCUAAUCUGGAUUAUGAAGCUUGUGUUUAUUAGGAGUUCAGAAUAUAAAUUCAAGAGGCGACUGUAUCAUGAUACUGACUCCACUGUGGGUUCAUCUGCUUCAUGUUUUCUACUGCAUCCUCUACACACAUUAUUUUACUUCUCAUUUCUUAAGUGUUAUAUGCCUGAUUAUACCAAGUCCUUCCAUUUGCAUUAGAUACCGUUCCGUGGUAUAUGCUAGGUGUGAAUGUAAAAAUGAAAACACAGAAAUAAUGUACAAGUUCCUUGUAUGUGAUUCCAUACUUCAAAUGUCAGAAUGUAUUUAAGUGUAUUUAUUGUAACUAAAUGGUGUCAAUAAAAUAUUUUUUCCUUUU